CCGAAUUUUCAGAAUGUCGUCGUUUCGGCAGUUUGUCUGGGAUCCAGUGCUCCUCGUCAGUCAAAUGACGUGUCUUCAGACAUUUUUCUACGCUACUCAAACUUCAGUAAUGCUGUUCUGCAGCUUUUUCGGCUACGAACCUCUCAUUUCCUCUAUUUUCUCAAUACAGACACAACGAUCAAUGGCAUUAAUUCAAUUAGUUUCCGCCGUCGGAGUCUCAUUCGCACUGUCGCAUUUAGUGCAACGUGCGAAACAAUGCCUGGAUUUUGCCUGUACAGUGCACUUUUUCCAUUUAAUAUUUACCACUAUUUACAACCAUGCUCUUCCAACCCAAUUUACAUGGUGGAUUCUUCAAGUAAUAUCGACAACAGUUUGCACGGUUCUUGGAGAAUAUCUGUGCAUGCGAAUCGAAUCGCAGGAAAUAAAAUUGGAAGGUGGUCCUUCUCGCUACGAUCUUUAAUAUAAUCAGAGAAGCAUAUUUAAAUUAUUCAGCUCAUUUUGCGGGUGUUUGAUUCGAUUAUUAAAUAGACAGUUCCUGUAAAUUAUCAAUUAAUUCGGUGUAAAUAAACUGAUGUUUCUUCUUCUUUCUUCUCUUGUAAAUUAGGAGCAUGAGAAAGUCAGAAGAAAGUAAAUAAUAAAGAUUUUAUGAAUAAAAU